AUGGUGGUGGUUUUACAUUAUCCUAAACCUGGAUUUGUAGAAAUAGAUCCUGAUGAACUCUGGAAAUCUGUUAUUAAUGUGGUGAAUAAAUGCAUUCAAGAUGCAAGCCUUACAGCAGGUCAAAUAACGGCGAUGGGCAUUUCCACACAACGAAGCACUUUCAUAACUUGGUCACGAAAAACAGGACGCCCAUUUCAUAGGUUCUGUACUUGGAAGGAUAUAAGGGCAGACGAUCUUGUGAAAGAGUGGAACAAUUCCUACACUUGGAAGGUUAUAAAAUUAGGAGCGUACCUAUUACACAUGGUGUCAAGAAGUAAACGGUUUAAAGCGGGAAGCGUUUUUAAGUUCUCAAACAAUCAGACCACAUUAAGGUUAUUCUGGGCGCUAAAUAAUGUACCCGCGUUGCAGUCUGCCGUCCGAAAUAAUGAAGCCAUGUUCGGCACGUUGGAUACUUGGUUGUUAUACAAAUUAACAGGCAACAAGCUGCACAUGACGGACGUGUCCUCUGCUUCCGCGACGGGUUUCUUCGACCCUUUCACCAUGCAGUGGGCCGGCUGGGCGAUGUCGAUUUUCGGCAUACCGAUGUCGGCCCUGCCCCAAGUCGUUGACACCGCGGGCGAGCACUUCACUAGCACAUCGCCGGAGAUUUUCGGGCACGCGAUACCGAUAAGGAGUUGUAUAGCGGACCAGACCGCCUCCAUGUGGGGCUCGUGCUGCUUCGAAGCGGGCGACGUGAAGCUGACGAUGGGCACGGGGACCUUCCUCAACAUAAACACCGGCCCCACGCCCCACGCGAGCGUCUCCGGCCUCUACCCGGUGGUGGGGUGGCGGCUGGGCGAGGAGCUGGUCUUCUCGGCCGAGGGCUCCAACAACGACACCGCCUCCAUCGUCAAGUGGGCGCAGGGCAUAGACUUAUUCGAGAACCCAGCUGACACUGCUGACAUCGCGAUGUCCGUGCCCGACACAGAUGGAGUAUACUUCGUACCGGCAUUCAGCGGAUUGGGUGCACCGUACAACGACUGCACGGCCGCCGCGGGCUUCGUUGGAAUCAAACCCUCCACGGGGAAGGCGCAUCUGGUGCGAGCCGUUCUCGAGGCUAUCGCCUUCAGGACCCUACAGUUGUAUGCGUGCGUUAGGACAGAGACCGCUCACACGUUCCGCAGCAUCAGGUUGGACGGCGGCGUUUCUAACAAUGAUUUCAUCGCUCAGCUCGUGUCCGACCUCACCGGGCUAAGAGUUGAGAGGCCCUUGGAAGUGGAGAUGUCCUCAUUAGGCUGCGCCCACAUUGUCGGCUUACAGCUAGGAGUAUUCAAAUCGAAGGACGAACUGAAAUCGCUGCGCAAAGUCGGCACGGUCUUCACGCCUAGGGCUCACGCGAAGAAAACAUACGAGUACGCAUUCUCCCGUUGGGAGGCGGCAGUGAGGAGGCUGUGCGGCUGGUACGCGGAACCGAAACCGUCGCACGCGGUCGCCGACACUGACAGCGCCACGCCCCGCACUAGUUUCAAGAUGGCGGCCAAGAAAAAUGGCGGCGCCGCCAAA